UAACUAGUAUAAAUUCGAACAAUAACUAUUUUCUAUCAAUUCAUUUCAAAAUGGCUCGUUUGCAUGUCUCUCUCCUUUCAGUUUUUAUUUUCCUUUUAUUUUCUUCGGAAGUCGAAGCUCUAGUGACCACAUUCCAUUUUAAUGGUUUCUUGUCUUGUGGAUUGAGUACAGUUGACUUUUUUGUCCAGAAGUUGCAAGUAUGGGAAGAAGAUUUUAAAAUCGACGAUUUACUUGGAACGACAACGAACUUUGAGAGAACAGAAACAGGACUAAAAUAUAAAAUAGACGUAAGCGACGAUGAUGAUGGCCUUUUCCAGUAUGAGUAUGAGAUCUACUAUUUGAUUGAGCACAAUUGCACUCCUGCUGGAAACAAGAAAAAGGAGUCAAAAAUUAAUGUUAAAAGUUUCCCAGUGAUUAAUGGCCAUCUUUGGCACCAAAUGGACAUCGAUUUGAGUAAAUACUGAUAAAUAUAUUAAAUAUGCGACAAUAAACUGUUAAUGCCAAA